AACGUAUUUGUUUUUGUCCCUGUUUAAUGCAGACUGCUCACUGUAGUUCGUAAUAGUUCGUAGGGUUCGUACUUUAUCUGCUAGCCAGUAAGUUGUUGAAUUAGUGAGGUUAUUUUCAGUCUGAUUAAUAUUUUUCUAAGAGGCUGCCGUAUUAUGCCUACUUAUUGUAUAAUCCGAGUUUCUUGCUAAUUACAUACUUAAGUAUACGGGAAACAAUUAGUUCACAAAUUUAGUUAAUAAAAGUAUUGCGUGUGUACGCGCGUGCGUGUGUGUGUGUAGACUGAAAAAAUCUAGCUAGAAUUUACUCGAGGAUGUCACGACGUGGUUGGGACGAUCGUGGUACUCCGGAGCCAAAUUUCGAGCGUAAACGAAAAUUCAGUGAGGGUGAGCAGCAGUCUUACAGCAGCAAUAGGAGUGGAGGCGGUGGUGGAAGUAGUAGAUGGGACGAGGAGGGUCCGUCCAGGUACAGUAAAGAUUUUGAGAACAAGAGGCACAGGAGAACCGAAGAAGAUACCACGGAUGACAGACAACAGCAGAGAAGACGCGAGGGUAGCGAUGACAGGCCCAGGAGAUCAGCUGAUAGGUAUUACGAGAACAGACAUCGUGAUGAUGACGACAGGUUUUACAGAAGUCGUUCACGCUACGAAAUGGCCUUUGUAGCAAAAAAAGAUCCGUCACCAGAGUGGGUAAAAGGCAAGGCCAAAGUUGAACCAAAGCUAAAGCAAGAAAAAGACAAGUUGAACUUUUACAUUUGUGAAAACACUAAGACAGUCAAUGGUAUUGCUUUAAAGUAUGCUGAGCCAGAAGAUGCUCACAAGCCGAUAAAACGCAAAUGGAGAUUGUAUCCGUUCAAGGGCGAGAAAGCCUUACCUGUGCUCCACAUAGACAAACAAUCAGUCUAUCUGUUUGGCAAGGAGAGAAAAAUUGCUGACAUUCCGAUGGAUCAUCUUUCAAUUUCAAAGCAACAUGCAGCUUUGCAAUUUCGAUUAGUACCUUAUAAAAAAGAGGAUGGGGCAGAGGCAAAGCGCAUCAGACCUUAUUUAAUUGAUUUGGGAUCUGCAAACGGGACAUUCGUCAAUAAAGUACAAUUAGAGCCAAGAAUAUGGCACGAGCUGGCCGAAAGGGACGUUAUUAAAUUUGCAGCAAGUACUCGGGAGUUUGUUGUUAUUUGCGAGAAAAGUAAAUAUGACCACGAAGAUGAUGAUGUCCACGAGUAAGUCGAACGAGUCACGUAAAAUAAUGUAUAAAACUGUAAAAUAAGCUGUAUCCAUACAUAUUUAUAGGAGUUUCAAAUUUUCUUUCAUAUUAGAGCUUGUUGUAGCUUAUAUGCAUAUGUUAUACUAUUUAAAAAAAAAAAGAAAUCAUUCACGUUCAAAGUACAAUAAAUGAAUUUGUACGUUUUGUACUUGAAAAAUGUUUUGUUUUAAAAUGUUAUUCUAAAUGUUGAAUAAGUACAUGUAAUUUCAGUCAUGUAUAAAUUAACUUAACAUGUGAAUUUAUUUGUAUACCUAUUUAAUAACGCUACCCAACAUUUUCUUGAGAAAAAGCCUCAAGAUUAAAUUGAUGAAUCAUACAACCCAGGCUUUUUUGUAUUUAACAUAAAAUGCCAUGAACAAUUUAUUAAUGUGAAAGUGAAAAAUAUGUAAAACGAGUACAUGAAAUAAAAUUUCAGUUUUACAUAUACCAAACAAAUCGUACAUAUCGUUUACAUUGAGCAAUCUCGAUUGUUUGUGUAAAAAAAAACCUCACUUAAAAAUAUUUAAUACACAAUCAUGUUCUUAGGUAAAAAAAAAAAAAAUAUACUUUGGCUCACAAAGUUUGUCGCUUGUUUAAACAUAAUUUCAUAACGUAAUUAAAUAAUACUAGUUAUAUCGAUAUGCUUAUACUCAAGAUAUAUCUUAAAAUAUGCAUUACGCAUGUACAGCGUCUUUGAUCGUUCUUACAAUAAAUUACUAGCACAAAAGCUCUUUGUUCUCCUUAAAACCGAGAAAGCAAUAGUUCGUUUUAUUGUAAACUUGAAAAGUCCACUAGUUAUUAUUAUUACUACACAGUCUUGGAGCGUCAU